CUCGGACUAAAUCUAAAAUAAACUUUGUUCCAAAGAUAAACGGAGGUCUUACGGGUUUGGAACAACAUGAGGGUAAGUUAUUAAUGACAUAAUUUUGCUAUUUGGGUGAACUAACCCUUUAAUUUGAAGAACAUGCAUGUUCACGUUAUGUCUUGGAAUACAGACCUGACUUCCCAGAUUACAAAUUUGAAAAUCCACUUAACUCUGCCAUUUUUGCCGUCAUUGACUACUGUUAAUACUUCUUGUUUGAAUUUCACUGAUUAAGCAAUAUGGUAAAAGUGACAGUGGGUUGGAUUAGGGCUGGGAUAAACGAUAAUUUUUUUUACGAUUAAUUUAGCGAUUAUUUUUCGGUGCAUCGAUUAAUCUAACGGCUCUUUUUUGUUUUUGUUUUUUUCAGUCCGUUUCUAUUUCGGUUUGAUUCGAUUAUCGAUAAUCUCCCCAUUAAUUGACUAUUACCAAUUUGUAAAAAGUCCAAAAUAAAAGACUAUACAAGUGCAAAGUAAUGCAUUCUUAGUCAGAGGUAGCGUUCGAUAAAACCUUGAAGCCUUAAACACAUAGGCCUAGCUUACUAAUAAAAAAGUGCAUCUUGUAAUUCUUCUUUCAGAUGAAAAUAACAAAUUGAUGUCAUUCAAUAAAAAAAAGGUCACCCAAAAUACUUGUUUAGAGCAAUUGAAAGAAUACAGUAACCAAUGUAAACUUGAGGGCUUUAGGCUAUUUAAGUGCUUUUCCAACAAACAAAAAAUAAAUAAAAAUUAACAGCGACAGUGGGAGCCAGCAGCCUGUCAUGGUGUCCUUCCUGAACCAACAGAAUUUAACAUUUGUUGAAAACACAUAGCUUUAAGCUUACUGAAAAAAAGUGCAUCUUUUAAUUCUUCAUUCACAUAAAAAUAACAACAACGUAUAGUAGUACACUCUGCCACUCACCUUUUUCUUAAAAAAAAUACUAAUGUAGGUAACUAGAAUUUAAUAAAUGGAACAUUAUUGUAAAGUGUACCGAUUUGUUAUACACCGAUUCAGACGUCUCAUGAGUUCAGUGUUGGACAGAUCAGUUGUUUUAACUAUUCAUUUAAGUGAAUCAGUUCAAAUGAGUCAUUAGUUCACGAAUCGGACAUGUCAUUAUUGGACGUGUAGCCUACGGCAAGCGCUGUGUGAUUAUCCCGGCAGUUUAUUUUUUAGCACAACUCGCACUCCGCGGUAAUUCAGCAAAAAAAAUAUCUCAGAAUGCUCCACGUGAAACUUUGUUCAUCCCAGCCCUGGUACGGAUAUAACUACAAGGCCUCUGGCAAAUUGGCGCAGGUACCAAUACUGUGACCACAAGUGACAUGUUGCGUUUAUAGGCAACCCUCACAGGGAAAGGAAAAAAAGGCAAGCUGAAGGAGCAGCUUGAGCCAGAAAAAACCAACGCAAUUUUAGAUGCAGUGAGGGAGCGAUUCCCCAACACCGAGGUGGCAGAGAUCCGGGCCCUUCUACGGAGGAAGUGCAACAAUGAGAGCUACAAGGCCUCUAGUAACUCAAGUCCGAGCUACAGGAAACCGUGUUUAUUGGCAUUGCACUGUAGAUACCAGUACAUCUUGUAUUCCAUGUCCUGCAUCAACUUACACAGAUGAACCCAAUGGACUCAUAACAUGUUUCUCCUGCACUGUGUGUGCUGCAGUCCAAGGAUUAAGGGUGAGGAAGGCCUGCACACGCUCUGCUGACACAAUUUGUGAGCCACAGGAAGGAUUCCAUUGCAUCGAACUAAAUAAAGGCAACUGUAAAUCAGCGGUGGAACAUGCUAAAUGUAAACCUGGACAAUAUAUUAAACAAAAAGGAACAGCAUUUACUGAUACUGUAUGUGCUAACUGCACAGAUGGCACUUAUUCAAAUGGCUCUCUGAUGGACUGCCAACCACAUUCAAAAUGUGAGAUUAAGGGACUUACAGAAAUAAAAGCAGGAACAUCAUCUUCUGAUGCUGAAUGCGAGAAAGUGACUUCAGUUAAACUUAUAGUUGGAGUCACAGUUCCAGUUCUUGUUGCCGUUUUGGUGGCAUUAAUAGCAUACUUCAUAUACAGAAAACAUAAAGCACAGCCCUCUAACAAACGUGUCAAACCACAACAAGUAACUGAGGAUGAUUCAGAACUAAAAGUGGAGACCCUUCUGAACUAACUUUGAUAAACCAGGAUUAGGACGAGGUCUGCUGCUGUGCGCAGUUCCUGCAAAACACCUGGGUCAGAACUACCCUCGUGCAGUUCAUUUAGCACUUUAGCCUGGUAGACCCGCAGCACCAUCAUGGCAUGCAGGCCAGAGGCAGCCUCACCACAAUCUCUGAAAGCCUUGGCCCCAAGUGAGGAUAAGAACAUACAGGCCCGGGAGAGGGGACGUGGAUUACCCCACGAGGAAGUAGCGGACUUUGGACACCGCUGAAUUGCAACAGACCGCUCCACUGGGGGGAUCUCCAUGUACCCAUUGACCGCCUUGCCAUUGAGAGUAGUGAGGGCGGAAGAGGCAAGGCACCAGACCAGAUUUGGGCAGAAAAAAGUGCCGCCCAUGAUCUGGUAAACUCUUUGUGCACUUCUGGAAAGAAUGGAACUGGGGCGGGGUGCUGAAAAACUAGCACGGUCAUGCCUCGAGGGUUCAGGACACGGUGGAGGACUCCAUUCAAGCACGACUCUCUCAACGGCCUGGGAAAGUAUAGCUGUCAGCUCCUGCAUCACAUACAGGAAUGCUACUGUAAUGGAAAUCACAACAUGGGCUCAGAAUACUUCCAGAAAAAAUUGUCGUGAACACAAUCCACUGUGCCAUUCGCCGUUGCCGGCUAAAACUC